CUUCAUUUUGAAAGGUCCAUUUUAUGAAUGAAUGAUUUAAUAUUUUAAAAUACUAGAAUGUUAACAGAUGAAGAAAUUUUAAACAUUAUAAUUCCACCUUCAAACAUAAUUUCUAAUUUUAAUGAUUUUACAAAUGAUACCGAUGAAAUUAAGGAAUUGGAAUUAAAAGCAAUUAGAUUAGCAGAAACUAAGGAGUAUGAAAAAGCUCUUGAGAUAAUCAAUCAGGCCAUUAAGCUAUCUCCUAAAAAUCCUUCACUUUAUAAUAAUAGGGCUCAAAUAUUUCAAUUACAACAUGAUAUAAAAAGUGCAAUGCUGGAUUUAAACAAAGCAAUUGAUUUAAAUGGAAAUAUUGAUAAUAAUAUUGCAUGUCAAUGUUUUACCCAAAGGGGAAUAAUUUAUCAACAUGACAAGAAUUUAGAAGAGGCCAAAAUAAAUUAUGAAAAGGCUGCGGAAUUAGGAAGCUUAUUUGCAAAGAAUCAAUUGAUUCAAAUGAACCCUUAUUCUGCAUUAUGUAACCAGAUGCUUAGAAUUAUGACCAGAACUAAUUAUUCAACUUCAGAUUAAAAUUUUAGACAAUUUAUUAUAUUUACAAAAAUUUAUUUAUUAGUAUUUAUUCUAUAUUAUGAUUUAAUGUGCAAUUCUAAUUAUUGUAAUAUCAACUGUACAACAAAAUAAAGUUUUAUAUAUACUUG